UGAAGAUUCUGCGCUGGUCCCGCACCUGCGUGGUGGGGCAUUACCCCUCCAUGUCCAAUGAUAAGGGCCCCUCGCCAAGGGUUUGAGCCCGCCCGCUAACUUAGUCAGCCACCUGCUCGCUUGCCCCUCCAUAUAAGGAUUUCCCCUCCUCCCCUCCCACAGACUUUUUCCUCUUCCCUCCCCGUCCGCUUCAUACCUCUACGCGAGAAGCCGUAGUCUCUGAGCAAGUUUUAAAGAACUCUUCUAGUAUCUUACAAAGAACUACAAAAGUUCAGCACAUCCAGCCAAAAUGGGUAAGGAGGACAAGACUCACAUCAACAUCGUCGUUAUCGGCCACGUCGAUUCCGGCAAGUCGACCACCACCGGUCACCUCAUCUACAAGUGCGGUGGUAUCGACCAGCGUACCAUCGAGAAGUUCGAGAAGGAAGCCGCCGAGCUCGGUAAGGGUUCCUUCAAGUACGCUUGGGUUCUUGACAAGCUCAAGUCCGAGCGUGAGCGUGGUAUCACCAUCGACAUUGCCCUCUGGAAGUUCCAGACCUCCAAGUAUGAGGUCACUGUCAUUGAUGCCCCCGGUCACCGUGACUUCAUCAAGAACAUGAUCACUGGUACCUCCCAGGCCGAUUGCGCUAUCCUCAUCAUUGCCUCCGGUACUGGUGAGUUCGAGGCUGGUAUCUCCAAGGAUGGCCAGACCCGUGAGCACGCUCUGCUUGCUUUCACCCUCGGUGUCAAGCAGCUCAUCGUUGCCCUCAACAAGAUGGACACCUGCAAGUGGGCUGAGGACCGUUACAACGAAAUCGUGAAGGAGACCUCCAACUUCAUCAAGAAGGUCGGAUACAACCCCAAGGGUGUUCCCUUCGUCCCCAUCUCCGGUUUCAACGGUGACAACAUGCUUGAGCCCUCCCCCAACUGCCCCUGGUACAAGGGUUGGGAGAAGGAAGGCAAGUCCGGCAAGGUCACCGGUAAGACCCUGCUUGAGGCCAUCGACGCCAUCGAGGCCCCCGUCCGUCCCUCCAACAAGCCCCUCCGUCUUCCCCUCCAGGAUGUCUACAAGAUCUCCGGUAUUGGAACUGUGCCCGUUGGCCGUGUCGAGACCGGUAUCAUCUCCCCCGGCAUGGUCGUCACCUUCGCUCCCUCCAACGUCACCACUGAAGUCAAGUCCGUUGAGAUGCACCACCAGCAGCUCAAGGAGGGUGUCCCCGGUGACAACGUUGGUUUCAACGUCAAGAACGUUUCCGUCAAGGAAGUCCGCCGUGGAAACGUCGCCUCCGACUCCAAGAACGACCCCGCUGCCGGCUGUGCCAACUUCACCGCCCAGGUCAUCGUCCUUAACCACCCCGGUCAGGUCGGCGCUGGAUACGCCCCCGUUCUCGACUGCCACACUGCCCACAUUGCUUGCAAGUUCGCUGAGCUCCUUGAGAAGAUUGACCGCCGUACCGGAAAGUCCGUCGAGUCUUCUCCCAAGUUCAUCAAGUCUGGUGAUGCUGCCAUCGUCAAGAUGAUUCCCUCCAAGCCCAUGUGUGUUGAGGCCUUCACUGAGUACCCCCCUCUCGGUCGUUUCGCCGUCCGUGACAUGCGUCAGACCGUCGCUGUCGGUGUCAUCAAGGCCGUCGAGAAGGCUACCGCCUCUUCCGGCAAGGUCACCAAGGCCGCCCAGAAGGCCGGCAAGAAAUAAAUUAUUUAAUUUAUUCACGACGAAAGUUGAUAAAAGACCGGAAUGGAAUUAGAUAUGAGUAUGUAGAACUCCUGCAUACACGAAAUGAAUUUCUGAUUGCUUUCAUG